UCACCGACGCACAUGGUCACUCGCAGAAAAUAAUAUUUCCUUUCGUCCGUAAUUGCUUUGAAACCAAUGUAUUGUCAGUGACGACUACACUUCCUAUAGUGUCUUUCGUUUUUCUCAUAGUUCGCCCAUUUCUUGCAUUGUUACAAUUGAAUCGCCGCUCUUUUCAUUAUUGAAUCGGAAGUCCAUAAGUAGAGUUGGAAAGGAGUAGCAUGCUCUGAGGAUUUCAACGGUCUUACACGCUCAUAUUUCAGGAAGUCAUUUGGGUCUUGCACAUCAGCUGUUCAACUGUAACUAUAUUAUGGUUGUGCUGCCGUGAUACAUUUGGAUCGUCUGUCCAUCCCUCGCCGGGCAACAUGAACAACCGGUGCUGGAGUUUGAAGUUUGCGUUUUUGACAGCACUUCAUGUUUUAUCAAUACCAGAAUGCGCCGGUGAUGUUAUUCGCUCCAAAUCCACUGAAGUGGAAUAUUUGGGAGCAACUGCGCAACAGAAGCCUAUGACCAAGCCAAAACACUAUGGGACCACAGUACCUGUCCUAUUGGUCGGAAAACAUUGGAGACCAAUCAGGUUGCACCAAUCACAGGCUCAUCUUUCAUCUCUGAAGGUAGUGAUAGAAGUAGAAGGUGAACAGCUGGUCCUGGUGCUGCAGAAAAAUGAGGGGCUCUUUGCGCAGGACUACACAGAAACACAUUACCAGGAUGAUGGCAGUCCAGUCACCCGCUCCCACAAGAUCCCGGUGAACUGCUAUUACCAUGGCGAGGUGGAGCGGUAUGCCCUCUCUGACGUCAGCCUCAGUGCGUGCGCUGGUCUCAGGGGCUUCAUCUCAGCAGGGAACCGAUCCUUCGUUCUGGAACCGUCAAAUGAUCCCGCCAGUGAAACCCACUGGAUCUACAGGGCUGAGCAUCUGGACAUCUCCGGCGGCACCUGUGGCCAUGGUUUCAACAUGACCUUGCCUGAGGCACGUAACCUGAGCCACACUCCCUUCAGGGACUUCAGCACCAGGCACAGGCGACAUGCCCAGAGCACCACCAAGUACGUGGAACUGAUCAUCGUGGCUGACAACAGAGAGUUCCAGAAACAAGGCAAGGAUGUGGAAAAGGUCAAACAACGCCUGGCUGAGAUUGCUAACUAUGUUGACAAGUUCUACCGAGCCUUAAACAUCCGUGUGGCGCUAGUAGGCCUGGAGGUGUGGAGCGACUCGGACAAGUGUCCCAUCAGCCAGGACCCCUUCACCACGCUUCAUGAGUUCCUGGACUGGAGGAAGGUCAAACUGCUUCCCCAGAGGCCCCACGACAACGCUCAGCUGGUCAGCGGUGUCUACUUCCAGGGCACCACCAUCGGCAUGGCACCCAUCAUGAGCAUGUGCACAGCGGAACAGUCAGGAGGCAUCGUCAUGGACCAUUCUGACAACCCCCUGGGGGCGGCAGUGACCCUCGCCCAUGAGCUGGGCCACAACUUUGGAAUGAACCACGACACGCCAGAGAGGGGGUGCGGCUGCAGGGUGACGGUGGACCGUGGGGGGUGCAUCAUGACCCCCUCCACCGGGUACCCGUUCCCUACUGUUUUCAGCAGCUGCAGUAAGAAGGACCUGGUGGCUAGCCUGGAGAAGGGUGUGGGAAUGUGUCUGUUCAACAUGCCCGAGGUCAAGGUGCUCUAUGGCGGGCAGAAGUGCGGCAACGGAUAUGUUGAGGAGGGAGAGGAGUGCGACUGCGGAGAGCUGGAGGAGUGUUCAAACCCCUGCUGCAACGCCACCACCUGCACUCUGAAGGGGGAGGCAGUCUGUGCCCACGGACAGUGCUGUCAAGAUUGCCAGCUGAAGCCAGCGGGCACCCCAUGCCGUGACUCCAGUAACUCGUGUGACUUGCCUGAGUUCUGCACCGGCACAAACCCCCACUGCCCUGCUAACGUCUACCUGCACGACGGCCACGCCUGCCACAAUGUGGAUGGCUACUGCUACAACGGCAUCUGCCAGACCCACGAGCAGCAGUGCGUCACUCUGUGGGGACAGGGGGCCAAGGCCGCGCCCGAGAUCUGCUUUGAGAGGGUCAACUCCGCGGGGGAUCCCUAUGGCAACUGCGGCAAGGAUUCCAAGGGUUCCUUUGCUAAAUGUGAAGCCCGCGAUGCUAAAUGUGGCAAAAUUCAGUGUCAGGGAGGAGCCAAUCGGCCAGUGAUUGGCACCAAUGCUGUUUCCAUAGAAACAAACAUCCCUCUCCAGGAAGGGGGGCGCAUCCUGUGCCGGGGGACGCACGUCUACCUGGGUGACGACAUGCCCGACCCCGGCCUGGUUCUGAUGGGCACCAAGUGCGGAGACGGCAUGCUUUGUCUGAACCGACAGUGCCAGAACGUCAGUGUGUUUGGCGUGCACGAGUGCUCAGGAAAGUGUGGUGGCCGAGGGGUGUGCAAUAACAACAGGAACUGCCACUGUGAAGCUCAUUGGGCUCCACCCUUCUGUGAUAAGGCAGGCUUUGGAGGUAGUGUGGACAGCGGGCCCAUGAGAUUAGCAGACCAUGACAGCGUGACAGUGGGGAUCCUGGUGGGUCUUCUAACCCUGCUGGGAGCUGUUCUGGUGAUCUGCAUCAAGAGGAAGACCCUCCUGGGCCUGCUAUACACCAGCAAAAACAACAACAUUGAGAAACUACGGUCGGUGGGCCCAAACAGGCCAUCUAGUCCGCCCCAGGCCCAGCAUCAUCCCCAGCAGCUUCAUUCCGUGUACAGAACCUCUCCAUCUUGCAAGACCCUGGCCAAGCCCCACAGCAACAGCAUCUUCAAGCCUCCUCACCUAGGUCCUGACUCUCUGCAGCCCUCAGCACCCUAUGCCUCCCACAGUCUGCACAGACUGCCCCAGUGCCCCCCCAUUCACCUCAGCCACCCAGUUCCCCUGGCAAUCACUCUGGCCUUCUCUCCUGGACAACCACACUCACCGGCCCCACCUCCUCAUCGCGCCCAACCCCACCAAGACGCAGCCCCACCCAGGGGGCCGUCGUUCCGCAGGACCACACGCCACAUCUCUUGCCGCAUGGUUAUGGAUUUGGAGAAGCCCAGUCCCCCCCAGAAGCCCCUGCCAGCAGACCCCCUGGGCAGAAGUGGCCGUCUGGUGCGCAGCCCCUCAGUGGUCCGAGGCCCUGCCCCAAUCCCUGUCCCCAGGCCUCUGCGCCCAGUCCUUCAGCCUGGGAGGCAGCCCCCCACUCUACCAAAGCCUCGUAUGCUCGGCAGUGUCAGAUACAGUAGCUGAGAAACGGACAUCCUUGCAUUGAUGGACACUUGAUUUGCACUAUAAAACUAUUUGAAAACCUUAAAACGUGACACCUCUGCAUUUGGGAAUUAAGGGGCCCGUGAGAGUCCCUGUGGUGCUCUAUCUCCGAAUGGUGCUACGAGUCUGAGCUCAGGUACAUGUAAAGUAUUUAUUUUCUGUAUUUAUUACCACGCAGUGCACUGUGCCAGACACUUUUACUUAGCUGUAGCAUUUGGGAUUUAACUUUUUUUACAUCGCUUUUUUGUUAUUUUCAUCAUUGGCAAAUACUGUACUAGACUUUUUUAUGGACAGCUGGAAAAAGGAGUCAGAAAGCAUAUCUUAAAGAUCUGUGAACAUUUAAAGCAGUGCACAUGUUGUGGAUCUAAGUGUCAGCAAGGGAACCAAGGACAUUAGAGUAGUAUUACUACUUUAGGAGAAGGCUUACAUAGGAAACAUCACAGGUAAAUCACUCUGCAGGUCUCCUUAUGCAGUUUCGACAGCUUAACAGACAACAAGCUAUUCUUCUCCAACACUGACACCAACACACAACACUUGCUUGGUUGUUAUUUCCUUUUAAAAAACACUUCCAGUUCAUUUGAAGGCUCACUGUCUUGAUGGAGGGAGACACUUUUAAAAUAGAAGCCAUGGAGUCUGUGAUGUCUCCAGCCAGCUUGGCAGUGAGGCAAACACCUAGGGAGAAUAGGCCAAGGCCUUCCAUGGGAAUAAGACCCCUGGUCCAGCCAUGUGAUUGUAAACAAAUGAUUAGACUUGUAUAGAGCUGUGUGAUUCUUGUGAAACACCAAAGCAGUUGCUCUCAAGUCCACAAAGUUACUUGGAUUGACUCCCGUCAACUCAAAUCACAAUGAUACAGGAACAUGUUAUGAAAUGUCAGCACUUGGAUCGUUAACAGCUAGAGCCCAGGGCUUGAUUUGAGAGCGUGAAUCUGAAGUAUUAGUUCUUUAACUCUGUGAAGCAGUUGGCUCUGGGGAAAGACACAGCUGACAAAUGGUUUCCCUUAAGAAUACCUGUUGACUAGAUACAAAAUGGAUAGUGCAGACAGCGUCCUCCCUUUGGCUAUGUGGAACAGAGGCCCUCUGCAACACAAUGUCAUUGGAUACAGAGGAACGCUAGCUACAUGGGGAUAUUGAGUAAUAGACUUACACUCCAAGCGAAUAAUUGAGUCCAACGAAGACAUUCAAGAGAUGUGAAACAAAGGCUUAUAAAACAAAGUUUAGAAGUCAGUUUCUCACUUUGUGUUUAUUGAGCCAGCCAAAAACUUGAAUCCUGGAGUUUGUGCACAGACAGCCAUUUUUAAAUGAUUGCUGUUUUUCUUCUGCCUAUAACACUUUGAAAAUGUAGUCAUCCAAGUGAUCUGCAUAUCAUCUUUGUAUUACAGAAUAUCACAUAGAUGUUGAAUAGUUACGUUAUUAUUGUUAUUUUUACAUCAUUAUUUACACUGAACUUUUGUUAAAGCACGCAGACUGCUCACAAAUGCCAAGGUGAAAAAACAUGUUUUCUGCUAUGCCUAUUGCGAAUUUUGUAUUGCUGAAAUCCAAUAAUUGUUUGAUUUUGAUACCAUCCUAUUCCUUAUGCACUAGUUGACCUUACUUUGCUAUUUGAAAGGUGUGUUUCCAUGUGUCUGUUAUUGCUUGUUACACCUGUACUGUUGUCUUUGUGUAACUGUAAUCUAAUGUUCCUCGUAAAGCGUGUUACUGGUGAACACAUUUUUGUGGCAAACAGUUUUUUUCUACAGAAUUAUUUGAACUAUUUGAUACAUCCAAUGUAAGAAAUACAUGUCAAUGUCUAUACUGUAAAUUACAUUUUCAACAUUUAAGCAGCAUUAUUAAAAUUGUUUAUCAAACACUGAA